CGGAGAGGCAGCCUUGCUCCCUGGAGCAGAGGCCAGGGGUCUGCAGGCCCCCUCAGCCCGUGUCCUCUUGGCCAGUGAGCGUCGGGCUCGGACCUCCAAGCUCAACCUCAGCCCAGGCAGAAAACCACCAGUUCCGCCUAGAACGGGGGUUGCUCUGACGCCUGCUUUGGAGGCGGGUCCUGGCGGGAAGCGCCUCGUGGAAGUGGGGCGCUGUCCCAACUACAAAAAGCCUCGCACCCCGACCCUUCUCCACCUGUCUGCAUCUUCUCCCGACUCGACGUCGUCCUUGCAGGGAAGAAGAAGCGGGUGAGAAAAACUUCAGUUUCCACCGUCUUGCCCAUUUCUGCAGACUUGUUCCGAGGCCGAGGAGCCUUUGUUGGAAGAGAUGGUGAUGGUCCUGAGCCCUCUGUUUUUGGUCUUCAUGCUGGGUCUGGGUCUGACCCCACUGGCCCUGGCUCAAGAUGACUACAGAUACAGAGACUUCCUGAACAAGCACUUCGAUGCCAACCCAAGGGGCCGGAAUGACAGAUACUGUAAUAGCAUGAUGGAAAAUCAACACCUGAUCAGACCUUGCAAAGAUACCAACACCUUUAUUCAUGGCAACAGUAAUAACAUCAAGGCCAUCUGUGACGACAGGAAUGGACAACCUUACAGAGACAAUCUCAGAAUAAGCAAGUCUAAAUUCCAGGUCACCACCUGCAAGCAUAUAGGAGGUUCCCCCUGGCCUCCAUGCCGGUACAGAGCCACAGCAGGCUACAGAGUCAUUGUUAUCGGCUGUGCAAAUGGCUUGCCUGUCCACUUUGAUGAGUCCUUUAUCGCUCCACGCCAGUAGCCCAGAGCUGGCUCUGCUCUUCCUUCCUUGCAUUUUCCCCUUACACUGCAGCAACAUUCAUUGAUAAGAAUCCAGAAAAUGAGCUGCUGAUCUUUUCAGCUUUACAAUAUGCUUCAUAAAUAAAAAGUCUCUCAAAUCAGUAAGAA